GCGGCUGUUUGUUUACUGUUCGAUCAGCUGAGUCGGUGAGGGCCAAAGGAUGCCAGGUAUGUAUGGGCCCAGCAGAUCACCAUAUGGCAACUAUGGAAAUUAUUGGGGAGGUUACAGUCGCCCUCCACACCCUCCCCCUCCUCCACCUAUUCCACCUCAUGAACCACCCCCAUCCUUCCAUCCACCACCACCACCACCUCCACUACACUUCCGACCCAUGAGACCCCCACCACACACACUCCGCCCACCCCCUCCUCCACCUCCAAUAAGGUUGCCCCGCCCCCAGCAGCAACCUUACCCGCACCAACACCCUCCGUCCCGCCCACCACACUACCGACAAGACAGAAAAGCACCACCUUCUCACCGUCCCCCACCUCCUGACCAUCAGCCAAACCUUCCAUACUCACGGCCAAGACACAGCAAUGGAGGCUUGCCACAAAGAAGAAGCAAUGAGUUUACACAUCACUCAGAAAGACAAGAGUCAGAGCCUGAUUCCAAUAAACCAACAGAGCCAGUGGUUGGUACUCCAUUAGUCUCAAGACACAAAGAGCCUGAUCCACCGCCAUCUCCUGUUAAUAGAUCCAGUACGCCCAACAAUAAAAGGCCAUUACCUGUUGAGCUUGAUCCAAGCCUUCCAGAAGAACUUGUAGCAAAGUUCCAUAAUAAUUCCUGUGAAUUAUGUGAUGUUAAGAAAUUGGAGCCUUUAGAUGUAAGUCAGCUUUACUGCAAAUGCUGUGAUCUGAGCUUCACCUCGGAGCAACAUGCACAACAGCACUACAUGGGGCGCAAUCAUCAGCGUGUCUUACAUGGCCUUAAACCACUAAAAGCUGGAUAUUAUAAUAAAGAGACUGGAAAAUGGCAAAGAAUGCCUCCAGAUCCCCGAGUGUCUGUAGAAAGGCUUGGGCUCAAUCUAGAGCCUUCAUCUGAGGAUGAAAGUGGAGACUCACCAAAGAAACCCCUGGAUCCAGAUUGUGUCAAAGCAAGAGGAAGGUUUUUUUGUGAGCUAUGCAAUGUGUCAGCAACUUCCCAGGACCAGCUAGAUGGCCACAUAACUGGCCAGCGCCACCUCAAGGCUGUAAGACUCCAUGCAAAAAAGACGUCAGCCACAUCAACAGUUGGGAAAACCAAGGACCCAUAGAAGAUGAUGAUGCCUGGUGGAUGCCCUAUGAGAGCAUCCUAAAGUCACCAAUAACAUAGAGGGGUGGAGUGUGAUAGAACAACUGCCACUGACCGCUAUUUGAUAUGAACUGAAGAACUUUUUUUUUUUUUCACUUGAAAAUUGUUUAACAGAAUAGAGCAUUUCAUUAUUUUAAUGCAAUAAAUAGUAUUGAUAAAUGGUGGAAGGAAAAAUGCUAUGGUGUCUCAUGACAAAAAGCCAAAAGUGUUUCAUUAUCUGUUGUUACAAUUUGAUGAAAUAGUAGGAUGAAGUUGAUGAAAAAGUUGUCAAUGCAAGCACAUUUUUGGAGUAUGAAAAUAAUGAAUUUUGCUUCCCAUUUACUAUAAACUUGUGCAUAUUUUUACUUCAUUAUCCAGUAUCAAUUUGCUGUUUGCUUUGAUUUAGUACCUACAAAUUACUUUAGUUUCACACAUCUAUCACUACACCUUUUUUGGGAUUAAUGACUAAUAGCUUGAAAUUUACCGAGUUGUAUUGAAAAUCAGUGUGUGUGCAUAUGUGGGCGUGUGUGCGUGCAUGCGUGUCAUUCACCUAAGAUCUGGUGGUCACCCAGCCAGUCAUUCUCCAACAGAAAGAGUUCAGAGUUCAUAUUGACUGAUCUGGUAGAACUGAGACCGCUCAUAGACUGGGACAGUGAGGCCGCAACCCCUCAGUUUACAUCCCAUACCUACUUACUGCUAAAUGAGGCUCACCUAUUUGUCUUGCUGCACCAGACUUGUACCUGGACUUCUUAUUUGUGAGCCAAAUAUGCUACCACUACACUAUGCAGAGUGUGUGUGUGUGUGUGUGUCUGUGUGUGUCUGUGUGUGUGUGUGCACAUACCUGUGCGCGCUUGUGUGUGUAUUUAAAUAGUUGUAUUUACCUAGUUGUAGUUUUACAGGGCCUGGGCAUUACGCUCGUGUGGCCCUGUCUCCAUAUUUACAUUUGUCCAACUUUUCUUUAAACCUAUGCACACUCCUUGCUAAUGCUACAUCUUCACUGAGGCUAUUCCAUGCUGCUAUACUUUGUGAAAAGCUGAAUUUUUACACAUCCUUGAAGCAUCUUCCCAUCCUCAACUUUUUACUAUGACAUCUUUUGCUUCUACUGGUGACUUCAUCUUUUAAUAACAGCUCCUCAUUAACUAUUACAUCCAUUCCAUUCAUUAGUUUGUAGACUUGAAUUAGGUCCCCCCUCUCUCUUCUCUGCUCUAGUGUCAGUAGAUCCAAAGCCCUCAGUCUCUCCUCAUGUCAUCUCUCUUAGCUUCGGUACCAUCCUUGUUGCCAUCCUUUGCAGUCUCUCCAAUUUCCAAACAUGUACAUGUUUCUUUAUGUGUGGGGACCACACCGCACCUGCAUAUUCCAAUCUGGGUCUGAUCACAGUGGAUAUCAGUUUCUUCAUCAUAUCUUUAUCCAUGUAGUGGAAAACCAAUCCGAUAUUUCUUACCAAAUUGUAUGUCUCGCCAAAUAUUUUGUCCACAUGACUAUCCUGUUGAUCAUUCUUUUGUAUUGUCGCUCCUAAGUCCCUUUCCUUGUUAACUUACUUCAGUUCUACAUGAUCUCCCAUCUUAUAGACCCCCUCCAGUCGUCUUCCACUCCUUCCCAAUUUCAUAACAUGAAUUUUACCCACAUUAAAUUCCAUCUCUUACUUCCUACUUCACCUCCAGAUCUUGUUAAGGUCCUCCUGUAAUAUUUCACAGUCCUCCUUGUUUUUUAUUUGUUUGAGCAGCUUGGUAUCAUCUGUGUGUGUGCGUGUGCAUGUGUGAAUGUGUGUGCACAUGUGGAUCUGUGUCCAUGCUCCUAUUAACCUCUUCAUCAUAUUGAAAUGAUGCUCAACUCUUCAACAUCCUAAGAGUUCAACCUUUUAAAGUUGUGCCAACCUCUCAAUAUCAAAAUUAUAUCUCAAUGCACAGAGCCAUAUAAGGCAUGUACUGUAUUUACCUAACAAGAGCUGGAGAGUAUCAGAUGUGAUGGAUACUGUAACUUAAACCAUUGAACUUUUAGCACCAUAAGCAAAAAACUUUAGUUAGACACAGCAAGUUUUAGGUUUAUGAAGUGCAAGGUUUAAAAUCAAAAUUUAAUAUUUUGCUUCUUUUUGUUGAUGGAAGGACAUGAUUUUUUAAUUGUAAAGGCAAAACUUAUCUAUUUAGAUGAGAGGUGGGGAAAUGUAACAGUGAAAAUAUGAAGAAAAUUUAUUGAUACAAAUGGCACAUGAUAAGUUAAUGGUAAAUAGUUUGCUUUAACAUUACAUUGUUUCUCAUUAUAUAUGGUGCAUUUUUUUCACAUCUAGUACCUUAUUGAAGAAAAGUUUAUUUAUGAUAUUUAGGUGUUUCAUUUAUGGUAAUAUGCUAAGCUAUGUGAUAAGCUACUGUAACUUUAAUGGUGAUUUGCAUAUAUUUUUUAUAUUUCAUGUACAUAACUGCUUAUAUAAUCAGAUAUUCUGACAAUGAAUCUCCAAAUGGUGAUGACUAUUUCUCUCUCUCUCUCUCUCUCUCUCUCUCUCUCUCUCUCUCUCUCUCUCUCUCUCUCUCUCUCUCUCUCUCUCUCUCUCUCUCUCUCUCUCUCUCUCUCUCUCUCUCUCUCUCUCUCUCUCUCUCUCUCCUACACUGUUACUUUAUUUGUAUCAGUUACACUUAAUCUUCCAUCUUGUUUUCAUUUUUCUUGUCAGUCUGAUGUAAUCCUACCCUUCUUUCAGCAUGCCAUUCUCAACUCAAUUAAUCAUUGACAUCUGACCUAUUCCAUCCCCUUGGGUCACCUACACAUAUUGCUAUGCAAGGUAAAAUUAAAAGUGCCAAUUUGUACUAUUUCACAAACAAGAAGAUUUUGCAAGUACAAAAAAUGUGUGCCACUUUGUAACUUGUGUAUGAUUUGCAUUAAGAUUCAACUUUGCUAAAGAAUUUUACUGUACUUCAAUGUUAGAUCUCACUACUUUUUUUUUAUUAUAUAUAGUAACUUUUGAAAUUGACAGUUUUCAUACCUUACAAAUCAUAUCCAAAGUUUGUAACUGUUCAAUCAUGUGCAUAUAUUUGGUUAAGGUUUUGACUUAGAAAAAUUUUUGCUAUUCUUGUACACUGCUACUAAGUGUGAACUUUAAGUAUGGGUUGCACAGACGUAAUACACAUAGAAGUCAUCUUGAGUGUAUACGAUAUGACACCAAUAAAGUGACAUUGCAAAAUGAUGUUAUGUUAAUACCUGUAUAAACUAAGAGCAGGUAAUUGAGUUGAUCAAAGUAGAAUCAGUAUGUUUGUAUGAAAGAUGAUUCAUCAGAGAAAAAUAAUAAAUGUAAAGGAUGUAGAUGAUAGGAAAAAACAUGACAGAAUGAGUCAUUGUCUUGUACAAUAGAAUGCAGUGGAACCUUGAGUUAUGAGCACCCUGACUUGCAAGAUAUCUAGGAUAAGAUCCAGUGCUCGGUUGACUUUUUGUUUCGACAUCUGAGGUAACUCCAGGUACACUGCUGCUAUUCAGCACAGCAAAUGGUCAGCAUUCUGUGUCUGAUAUGUUCAGUUCAUGUUGUUUUUUUUACAUGGAAGCAUUUCUCGUGAUAUGCUAGCAUUAUGUACUUUUUGUGCAUUUAUUUAGCCAGAUUUGUUUUGUCUGACCAUAGCUUUUAAGAAAGGGCCACUAUGUAGUGACUUGCCUAACCCUCUUCCAAAACAUUCUGAAAAGGAGGUUGAAACAAACCUUGGAAAGCUAUUUUGUGGAUUGCUGUGCAUAUGAAAAUGAGGAAUACUGACCAAAAAGGGAAGAAGCAAUGAAGAAAAUGAAAAGUGAAAGUAAAGUGUAGAAAGAAUUGCAGCAGUUAAGUUCAGCAAUAAAGUGUAGCAUUAAGAGUGUUAAGAGUAAGUUAAGUUAAGCAAUUAAGUGAGAGUUUAUGGUGAACAAAAGUAACUGAAGAAGCACAAAAUAAAAUAAACUCCUCCCA